CAACAACAAGCUUCUUUACCUCAAUUAACCACCCCCCCAUUCUAAAACAACUACAAUAUUCAAAAUGUCACCUCAUAUUCCAACACCAUCACCUCUCUUCCGCCUCCUCACUCCUCUCCUCCAAUCCUUCAGAUCUACCUUCCCCUCAGCAACCCCAACAACACCCCUCAGAACCUUCACCAGCACCCCAUCUAUGCACAAAAAGAACCCUAAUAGCAAAACCGAUCCACGGGUAACGCUCAUCCGCUACCAUCUUCAACAUCCCAAGACACCUCGCCCACUGCGAUUCUCACGCAUGCGUGCGCUGAGGCAUUGGACUAUUCAUCGUGCAUGGAUGAUAUUAAGGCGAAAGCAGAGGAUCGAGGAGGAGGGUGAAUUAUACAGACUUCACCAAUCAAUGCACAACGCAAUGGAAGACCUUCGUCUUCUCGACGGUUCCGGCCAGAAAGAAGCAGGUAGAUUAUAUCGCGUCGCUCUCGAGAAGAAAGGAAUUUUCGGAAAAGACGGAGUCCCGAUUGAGUACGCGAGAGCACAAACCGACACACCAGCGAAAGAACCAUGGAAUCAUGGAUGGACUACAGACAAAAUUAUAAUAUGAUGAUUGCAAAGGGCGAUGUACCGCGGUACAUGAGAGAAUUUUGAAAGAUGAAUAUUAUGAAGUAAACAUAUAUUACUUGUAUAUCUAUGAUGGUCAACCUUAGUGACAUGGGAUGAAACAUGAUUCGGAAUAAUGACCCCGAACAUUCCCCAGACACUCCGUCCCAAGGGACUGGAGCUGUGGAAGUAGAUUAGACGAUGCAGAAUUAGGCAGAAUAUGGCAGAAUAAACGCUGCGAAAGACGGAACAAGAUGCCGUCUAUAAAUUCUGAAAGAAGUUACGGAAAGAAGGU